CAUACCUUUACUACCAAGAGUUUUGUUAAUUUUUUCAAGCACUUGAGCUUUCAAUUUAUUUGAGUUCUCCAAAUCUUUUAAAGAAAUCAGAAACCAAAGAUGGCUGACAAUACCCAGAAGAUGAGCUUCCAAGCUGGUGAGGCCAAGGGCCAAGCUCAGGAGAAGGCCAGUACCUUGAUGGACAGAGCUGGUAAUGCUGCUCAAUCUGCAAAGGAAUCAGUGCAAGAGGCUGGUCAGCAGGUGAUGUCUAAGGCACAGGGAGCUGUUGAAGGAGUGAAGAAUGCAACUGGCUUGAACAAAUGAAGUAGCUGAAUGGAUCAGUCCAAUAAUUGUCUAUAGCAAUUUAGAAAUUGAAUGCAAUGUUCAUCUAUUGUUUUGUUUCUGUCAUUUCCUUUUGUAUAAAGAAGAGAGCUCUCUCUGUAGCUCUCUCGUGAUGUUCGCAGGCAGAUGUUGCCCUAAUUAGUGAAAUUUUACUUCAGUUUCGUACUUGUUUAAA